UCCAGCGGCGCUGUCUCCUUAAACCGGUGCGGAAGUGACUGUCGACAUAGCGUCAACUAGAAGGUCAGGUAUUUAACAGUUGAAGCAGUUAAAUGUUUAACUGUUAUUACCAUUUUUAUUUAUAGGAAUGUUUUAACUCAGUUUUAGAGUCAUAACUUCAAAGGAAGUUUCUGGCGCUUGACAGAUUUCCUGGUAGGGAAAAGCAACUUGGCGGAGAAUUACGUGACCACAAAUAAAUAGCGUGUUUAUUUUUGACACUUAAGCUCAACUUGCCGCCUCAUGUCCGGGUCAAAGUGCACACGCCUGGGCGGACAGCUGGUCCAACAACUGCUUGACUCCGUGGACAGCGUCCUGUUCGACUGUGACGGCGUCAUAUGGAGAGGGGACCAAGCCGUCCCCGGCGCCCCUCAGGUUAUAAAACUACUCAAGAAACAUGGCAAGAAAGUCUUUUUCGUCACCAACAAUAGCACCAAGACGAGGAAGAUGUACGUGGAUAAAAUGUCCACGCUGGGCUUCGACGUGGCCGAGGAGGAGGUGUUUGGGACGGCGUACUGCGCCGCCAUGUACCUGAAGACGGCGUGCAAUCUUCAGGGUAAAGUGUACCUCAUGGGCAGCGACGCCAUGAAGCAGGAGCUGGAGGCCGUAGGGAUCCAGCAGACCGGGCUGGGACCAGACCACAUCUUCGGGAAGCAGACCGACUGGGCUAACGUACCCCUGGAUCCGGAGGUGAAGGCGGUGCUGGUCGGGUUUGAUGAACAUUUCAGCUACAUGAAGCUGAACAGAGCGUUGCAGUACAUCAUCAGGUCGGACUGUUUGUUUGUGGGAACCAACAGGGACACCAGGCUGCCUCUGGAGGGGGGCACUGCUGUCCCAGGUACCGGCUGUCUCCUGCAGGCUGUUGAGACCGCAGCCCAGCGCCAAGCCGCAACGGUGGGCAAACCCAACCGCUUCAUGUUCGACUGCGUGGCCUCACAAUUUGGCGUAGACCCCAGCCGUUGCUUGAUGGUGGGCGAUCGCCUGGACACGGACAUCAUGUUGGGCUCCAACUGCGGCCUGAAGACCCUCCUCACCCUCACCGGGGUCAGCACGGUGGAUGAGGCGGAAGCCAAUCAACGGAGCGGCUGUGCCGAAAGGCAGAGGAUGGUGCCUGAUUAUUACGUGGAGAGCAUCGCUGACCUUCUUCCGGCCCUGCAAGGAUGAGACUGUCAAGACUCAUGCGGUACAGGAGGUUGGCUCGCCCGAUCAUAGUCUUCCAUAUUACUGAUUUAUUAUGUCCACAACAAAGACACCACUGUGUUGUGGUGUGAUGGAGGACAUAAACCCCAAUUUUACACUGAAAAGCAAGAAAAAACAAUUCAUUGUUUUUAAUAUAAUAUCAAUGAUUAUAUUAUUUAAAAUUACUUAAGCAAAAAAAAAAAUCCAGUAAUUUUAUAGUGAUAUUUUUUGCUUAAUAUCUAAAUAUUUAAAUUAGUUUUUGCUGCAAUAAAAUGUAUUGCUACAUGAUAACCUCACAUAUAUGCUUUUUAAAAAAAGUAACUCCUAGUAUUGUGAAAAAGUCAACAGGCCAGCCUAUUACCACACAGUAUGAUAACAUAUACUUGUAUAUGUGUAGUGUACUUGCCCCCAUGUGAUGUAAUCCACCCACUUAAGCAACUAAAAGUACAAGCCAAUAAAGGAAGCCAGCAUCAAUGUGGUCUUUGCUCUUGCGAGACUGAAUUUACAUCCCUUUCAAACAGGACCAUGAUGCAGUCAAAAUGUUUUUGAAAGUCUUCUUUGGUUUAACACAAAGUGUUAUGUUUGUGCACGUCCACCUAACGG